CUUCACGGAUUCUCGAAGCCUGCCGUUGUUUAUACCUCUCCCCUUCUCUCUCUUUCUUUAAAAACUUGCCACUCCCCAUCACCCACUCAUCCUUCCUCAAAGCCAUCUCGUUUCCUUCUUUACUAAACCUCCUCAUCUCUCUCUCUCUCGAAGGAAAACUUGAAGAAGACAACAGAAAAACUCAAAGCAGCAAAUUACCUCAAAACAUUAGUAUUGCUUCAAUACCAAUACUAUUCAUGGAGUUCUCAUCUUCAAGAAGGCCUUGUUUCAUAGAUGAAGAUGAUGGGUUAGCUUCUCUUGCAGAUAUGGAAGCUGGGUCUUCAGGGAAUCAUCACCCAUUCUUCUCUAGGUCACUCUGUUAUGCGAGAAGAGGUAGUUCUAGAAACCUUUCAUCUCUGGUGUCUUCUCCAAGAUCGGCAAGGUGUUGUGACUCUAGAUAUGAAGAUCACCAACCCCAUUUCUUGGAAGCUUGUUUUCUUUGCAAGAAACCACUCGGUGAUAACAGAGACAUCUUCAUGUACAGAGGGGACACUCCAUUCUGCAGUGAAGAGUGCAGACAAGAGCAAAUAGAUAUAGACGAAGCCAAUGAAAAGAACUGGAAUCUCUCUUCGUCUAUGAAAGCAUUAAGGAAAAAAGACCAGAAGAAAUCGACAUCUCCUACUAAAGCUCAGGACUACUCUUCUCGUACAGGCACCGUUGCCGCAGCAUAAAAAUGAGAUGGAAAAAAGAAAAGGAGCUUACUUUAAAGGAAAAAAAAAAAAAAACAGAGAGCCUACAGAUUUCCUCUACAAAAUAAAAGAAAAGGAAAGAGAAAAUACUACUACUAUGAUAUGAUGGUGGUUUUUGUCCAUAUAUAAAAAGCUCUCAAAGAGAAAGAUCUUGUAUGUAUGGUAUGGUUUGAUUAUAUAUGGCCUUGUGUCCAGCGAGGAGAAACGGAAACAAUUUUGAGGAAUUUUUUUCCCCUUGUUAACUAUAGCUGUGAAUUACUACGUGAGAAAGAGUGUAAUGGGCUGUAGAUCCUGAUCUGGCCUUGUGGAGUGCUUUCUCUCUUGUCUUUUUUGUAAGGGAGUGGGGAGGUUUUUGGUGCUAAUGGAGUCACGCUUGAACAGCGAAGGCUGAUGAUGACAAGUAAAUCUCUUUUUUAGUUCUUCUCUGUCA